AAACUCUGAUUCAUCUUUGCUUUUACAGCUUCGAUCGAUCGUCUUCAAUGUUUAAAAGGAGAAGAAAUGAGCAAAUCUUGUUUAUUAGGAUAUUCUGAUAAAAGAUUCAAGACUCGAGAAUGGUUUUUGUCCCUUCACACCAGGUUUCGGCCAGCUACUACCAUAUAAAGUCAACUCUUCUGGGGAUGGCUAUCAUUCAUUUAUAAUGCAGCACUUCAAAUUUUGCAUUUUCUUAUGAAAAAUUUAUAUGGAUUGAUUAUUUUCUUAUAUAUUAAUAAACAAUUAAACACGGUGCUAUUCACAGUUUCCAUUCCGUCCGAUUAAAUAAAAAAAUGCCGCAAUUCUUCUCCCUCAUACACGACAAGCCGUAGGGUACAAAAAGUUUCCCCAACUUUCCCUACGCUGCGCAAAAGUAAAGCUGAACGACAUCGGUGUCUGAUCAAACGAUAAUAGUAGAAGACCUUGGUUCUCCUUCAGAUUUCAAAAACAGCCUGCUAAUGGAGUCACGAGCAGAAAUGCUGUGACGGUUCUCUGUAAUCACAUGCUCCAAUUUCUCUCCUCUUUCAACCCCAGAAAGUUCCAUAUAAACAGGUUAGUUCUCUCUUCUCUGUUAAAUUCCAUUGCUUCAGCAAUACUUCUCUCACGGACUCCUUCUCACCAAACAAGCAAAACCUACAAUGUUAUUGCACAAUUUCUUUUAUCUAAAUGUGCCCUGUUCUUUGAUAGAGGUAAAAACUAAAGAGAGAAUUUUGCUAAGGCUUCUUCUCUCAAAGAACUUCUUCUGAAUAUUUCUGAAGCGAAACCAGAUAUAGCACGUCGCUUUAGGAGAAUUUUGAGAUUGAAACCUGAAGACGUGCUUGAAAUAUUACUGGGUUUUCAAUUUUAGUAUGAAAGAGUAGCAAAUGAGGUUACAAAGGUGGAGUCUUUGUGGUGGCUUUUCAAGUGGGCAAGUGACCAAGAUAAGUGUUUUCAGCAUCUUCCUGAGUCAUGUUAGGUUAUGCCUCGGUGCUUAUUCGCACGGGAUGCUUAGAGAGGUUCAGUUGCUGCAUUUGGCAAUGGAGAGGCAAGGCAUUUUGUUGGAUAAAAAUGAAAUCUUCUCUAAGUUGAUUGACGGGUAUGUUGGCGCUUUUGAUUUAGAAAGGGCCAUGUUGGUAUAUGAUCGAAUUAGGGAGCAAGGUAUGGUACCAUCACUGUUCUUUUAUCAUAAUCUUAUUGAUGUUUUGGUGAGAAGGAGGAUAACCCAAACUGGCAUUUCGAGUUUGUUUGGAUAUGUUUGAAAUUGGGAUUAAUUUGAAUGAUGGGGAGAUGGUGGGAUUAGGAAGGUUUUUAGAUUACUUUGUGGGGAUGGAAUGGUUCAAGAAGCAAGGAAUCUUAUGAAGAAGGUCAUGGCUUUAGGUUUUGAGCCUAGCAGCUUGAUUAUCGAUGACAUUGCUUUCUGUUAUUGUGAGAAGAAUGAUUUUGAAGAUUUGGCAAGUUUUUUUUGUUGUAAUGAAGCGUUCACCAAAUGUACUAGUUGGCAAUAGGAUAAUAUAUGGUUUAUAUACUAAUUUUGGUGUAGAGAGCAAAUUUAUUCAUGCUAUAAUUGGAGAAUUUAGGUUUGAAGCCUGAUGAGAUAACUUUUGGUAUAAUGAUUGGUUGCUGUUGCCGAGAGGGACUUUGAGGAGUGCCUUUAUUUAUCUGUCAGAGAUGUUAUCAAGAAGCUUAGAGCCUGGUAUGGCACAUGCUCAUAUAAUGCACUUAUUGGUACAGUGUUUAGGGAGGGUAUGUGGAAGAAUGCCCAAAACAUUCUUGUUAAAAUGGUGGAGAAGGGAGUGGCCCCAAAUUUGUCAACUUAUAGAACUCUUUUGGCAGGAUAUUGCAAAGCUAGACAAUUUGAUGAAGUGAAGAUGAUGGUCCACAAGAUGGUGAACUAUGGUUUGAUUGAAUCCUCUUCACUUGAGAAUCCGCUUUCCUAGGCAUUUAUGAUUUCGGGGCUCAGUCCAUUAUCUGUGAUGUUGAAAAGGGAAAUGGACUCUAUGCGGAUGCAAAUUUGGAUGAGUAUGAGAAAAUACUAUAAGAGUAAAUGGGAUGCUUAAAGAUUCCAUGAUCCCAGAUUUUAAUUUGCUUUGAAUGAAGGAAUGUGAUCAUGGACCUUUUAAAUCUGCAUUCUUGUUGAUAGAUGAAAUGGAUAGAUGGAAGAACUAUCUCUGUUCUUCUUCUUAGCAUUAGUGAAGCGGCUUUGUGCAUCCUGAUCCCAUAUCUGGGCUUCCAGCUGUAAUGCCAAAUUUGGCUAAUCAACUAGGUGAUGAAGUUCUUAAUUUGCUUGUCCAAGCAUACUGCAAGGGUGGAUUGACAUACAAAGGGAGGAUAAUUUUUAAUGAAAUGCUUCUGAGGGAUAUAACAAUUGAAAAUGGCAAAUACACUGCUCCAAUGGUGGGAUUAGGUAAGAGAGGAAAUUAUCAGGAUUUUCAUUGUUGCUGGGAUAUUGCUUGAAAUAGCAAAUGGUCAGCUGGGUUACAGGAUUGUAAAUCUCUUGUUGGAUGUCUAUUCAAUCAUAGGACGCUGAAGAAGGCAUUGGGGCUUCUUGAAAGCAUUCUGGUAUUCCAUCCUCACUUAAGAUCUGAAAUUUGUCGUAUGUUAGUUGAAAACCAAUCUGUCACAGACUUUACAUGCAUUGCACGCAAGUUGGUGAAUGAGCUGCUUUAGCAGGGUUGUGUCUUUGAUGACAUUGCUUAUAGCCAUCUUAUAGGAGAGUUAUGCAAGGGGAGAAAGACACAAUGUUGGCUAGGAACUUGGUUCCAUGCUUGUAUGUUUCUCUUAUUUUGAUUCUGCAGUUAUGUAAGAUUGAUAGACUUGAUAAAGCUGUUGCUUUAAGACAGAUGGGUUUGAGAGAGUAAUAUGCAUUUUCAUUUUCCAUCCAUUGUGCUUUAGUUAUAGGAUUUUGUAUGAUCGGGGAGGUUGGAGAAGCAGCCAAUGUAGUCCAGGAUAUGUUGUUGAAGGAGCUAUUUCCUGAUGCUGAAAUCUAUAACAUGCUAUUUCAAGGGUAUUGCGAAGCUAACUGCCUAAGGAAAGUUAAGGAGUUAGGUGUUCUGAUAAGAAAAUUUUCAAGCCCCUCAAUUUCAAGUUACCAGAACUUGGUGCGCUUGAUGUGUAUGCAGGGUAGUUUCAGUUCUGCAAUAAGCCUGCUAAUCCUAUGACACAGUAUGUACCAUAAUCUCAUCAUUUAUAAGAUUCUGUUUUUCUAUCAUUUUUCAGAUGGGAACAGCUUGCUCGUGGAUGAACUUCUAAAUGAAUUGCAGGAGAAAGGAUUACUACUUGAUGAAGUCGCUUACAAUUUUCUUAUAUAUGGGUUUUCAAAGUGUAAAGAUGUGUCUGGUUGUCUACACUAUCUGUCUACUAUGAUUUCGAAAGGAUUUAGGCCAAGCUAUCGCAGCUUAAGAACAGCAGUAACCUGCCUGUGUGAUCUUGGAUUUUAGUAAAGCCUUGGAGUUGAGUCUGAGAAAUGGAAGCAAGAAGUUGUCAUGGAUCAGUUGUUCAAAAUGCAAUUGUCGAAGGCCUUUUUUCUCAUGAUAAGCUUCGAGAAGCUGAAUAUUUUCUUGACCAGAUGAUAGAUAAAGGUCUAGUUCCUGAUGCAAUAAAUUACGAAAAUCUAAUUAAGCGGUUUUGUUUUCAUUCGGAAGACUGGAGUAAGGCAGUUGAUCUUCUGAACAUAAUGUUGAAGAAAGGAAUUGUUCCUAAUUCUGCUAGUUAUGAUUCUCUAAUCCAUGAUCUCUGCAUAAGUAAGUAACUGAAUGAAGCUUUGGAUUUUCACAGAGAUAUUGCAUAGGUAUCUUAAACCAAGUAUACGGACCUUGGACGUGCUUAUCCAGAAACUUUGCCAACUUGGACAAAAAGCAGGAGCAGAAAACUUCCUCAUUUCUAUGGUUUUGUUGGGUGAAACUCCAACCAGACUAAUGUACUCUGUAAUCAAUGGGUAUUGCGUUGAAAACGAUCCAAGGAAGGCAUCUAAGCUCUUGCAUAUAACUCAACAGAGUGGUUAUGAGCCAGAUUUUGAAAUUCACUGGUCUCUCAUAAGCAAUUUACAGAAAUCCAAAGAAAAGGAUAAUAGCAACAGCAGUCAAGGUUUCCUGCCAAGGCUUCCUUCUGGAAGUGGACAUUCUUAAUGAAAGGGAUUCCAAGUUCAAGGCGGGGUAAUACAGACCGUAAAGAUAAGGAUCCCCCCCAAGGAUGGAAAUAGGAAUAAUAUCGCGUACGGGUUUUGCCAAGUUCGAACAGAAGCCUUUUGCCAAUUACGGACGCUGGCUUGGUGGAGCUGGAAGAAAGUGGAGACCCUUAUGAUAUGUUUAUAUGAUAGAGCAAGUAAGGCAGGUAGAUUGUCCUGAGUUACAUGUAUAACUUGAACACAUGUUAGUGAUCAGUGGCUUAAUUGAUUAUUAUAUUGUAAUUAAGUGGGUUCUCAUGCCAUAACUACUGCUAAACCACUAUUCUUUUUUAAUUGUUGUGCAUGUUUCGACAUAGCCAACGUUCAUAUAUAUACAUUUGCAACUCAAGUUAAAUUUCCCAUAGAAAAAAAAUUUCCCUUGAUUCUAAGCAUGACGAAGAUGGGUGGUAUUGAGCUUGGUCAGGCCAAGGGUUCAACUUCUACCCCAAAACGGGUGUUGCCUAUAAUUAUAGACUUUAUCCUGAGGUUAUUAGCCAUUGUUGGUACCCUUGGGAGUGCAAUUGUGAUGGCUACCACUGACGAAACACUUACUUUCUCCACGCAGUUUGUUCGCUUCAGAGCUGAGUAUGAUGAUCUUCCAACAUUCACGUUUUUUAUGGUUGCCAAUGUCAUUGUAAGCGGCUAUCUGCUCCUUUCUCUCCCACUUUCUUUCUUCAAUAUUGUAAGAAGCAGAGCAAAAAACAGUAGAAUUAUCUUGAUCAUAUUUGAUGCGGCAAUGAUGGCUUUUUUAACUGCUGGAGCGGCAGCAGCAGCAGCUAUUGUAUACUUGGCUCACAAGGGGAAUGCUAGAGCAAACUGGUUUGCUAUCUGCCAACAAUUCAACUCUUUCUGCGAGCGCAUCUCUGGCUCUUUGAUUGGAUCCUUUGUAGGAAUAGCUGCGUUCAUACUGUUGAUCUUGCUCUCUGCUGUGGCCCUUUCCCGGCGAAACUAGAUCGAUAUCCAUUGAUCCUGCUGCAUCAUAACAAUGAUGAACUUGUGUUUGCUUAUGCGUGCUUGUUAUUUUGUGUUUGCGUUGUGCCUUUUCCUGGUUUGUUAUGUAAUGGAAUAAAUGUCACCUUCUGCUUUCUUUCCUUUA